AUGUCUCCAUCUAUUCACCCCUUUGACGGCAUUUACGAUCACGAGAUCAAGAUCGCUUCCAAGUUGAUCAAAGACGCCCAUGCUGCUUCUGACAACGUUCACUUUAUCCAAAUGGAUAGAUUGGACCCACCAAAGAAGGACAUGAUCAAGUACUUGGAGGCCGAGAGAUACGGUGCUCCACUUCCCCUGAUCCCUAGAGUGUUGUACGUGUACUACUACACCAACACAUUGGAGUUCAACAAGGCUCUUGUCAAUGUCACUGUGGGCCACAUCAUUACCAAGGCCCGCUUGCCUCACGGCGUCGUGGGCCCAUUUUUGCCUGAAGAUGUUCAGGAGUGGGAAGACUACUGUCUUACCCACCCAGCAGUCAAGGCUGAGAUUGAAAAGUUGAAAUUGCCAAAGGGCUACACUGUCAGAAACGACCCAUGGAUCUAUGCGACUGACGAUCCAAACGAAAAGAGACCAUUGGUACAGUUUUUCAUGUACGUGUUGGCCAACAAUGGCCACUCCGAGUCUAACCACUACUCGUUGCCAUUGAAGUUCUCGCCUGUGUUUGAACAGCACACCAAGAAGUUUGUUAGAAUUGACUUCUUGCCAGGUGGAUUUGACGAGACCACCACUCCUACCGGCCCAUGGCAUGUUGUUCCAGGUGUCGAGUACCACCCAGACUUGAACGGUGAAACCGUGCUCAGAAACCCAAAGCCAUUGUUGGUCCAACAACCAGAAGGCCCAUCUUUCGACAUGUCUGGCAACAAGAUUACCUGGCAAGGUUGGGAGUUCCGCGUGGCUCCAUCUGUCAGAGAAGGUUUUGCUGUGUACGAUGGUUGGUUCAAGGGCAGACAAGUGUUUUACCGUAUCUCCUUGUCUGAGAUGACUGUGCCAUAUGGUGACCCAAGAGCUCCAUACCACAGAAAGCAGGCUUUCGACUUGGGUGACUGUGGCUUUGGUGUCAACGGAAACAAGUUAGGUCUCGGCUGUGACUGUCUUGGUGUGAUCAAGUACUUGGACACUAGAACCACCAACGGAACUGGUGAGCCAAAGGUCUUGCCAUCGACCAUUUGUUUGCACGAACAGGAUGCGGGAAUCUUGUACAAGCACGUCAACUACAGAACAGAGAAUGCCGUGGUUGCCAGAAAGCGUGAAUUCGUUGUUCAAACCAUUGCCACUGUGGCCAACUACGAAUAUGCUGUCAACUUGAAGUUCGUCAACGAUGGUUCCAUUGACAUUGAGGUCAGAGCUACUGGUAUCUUGUCCACCAUGCCAAUUGACGAGAAUGUCACAGUGCCAUGGGGAACCAUUGUGGGUCCUAACGUCAUGGCCGCAUACCACCAGCACAUCUUGUCCUUCCGUAUCGACCCAGCUGUUGACGGUCACAAGAACACAGUGUGCUAUGAUGAUGUGGUUAAAAUGCCACGUAGCAAGCUCAACCCUUACGGUGUUGGAUUUGUUACCGAGAGAACUUACUUGGACAAGGCGGGUUCUGUUGAGCAAUCUCCAUUUACCAACAGAUCUUACAAGAUCAUCAAUGAGAAUGUAGUCAACCCAACUACAAAGGGUAAUGUUGGUUACAAGGUGGUGAUGCCUGCUAGACAAAUGAUUUUGGCUGACGAGGACUCCUUCAAUGUCAAGAGAGCAAAGUUUGCUACCAAGCAGCUUUGGGUCACCAAGUACCAAGACAACCAGUUGUUCGCAGCUGGUGAGUUCACCAACCAGUCGCAGACCGACACUGGUGUGGGCGAAUGGGUCAAGGGAGAGGAUCCAGUGAGAAAUGAGGAUGUUGUUGUGUGGGCCACCUUGGGCUUCACCCAUAUUCCAAGAGCUGAGGAUUUCCCAGUGAUGCCAGUUGAAAUCCACAACAUCCACCUUGUGCCAUUCAACUUUUUCGAGCGCAAUCCAGCUUUGGACAUUCCUCAGGCUACAAACAGCUUCAACAAGUCUGUUUUGGCUCAAGUUGGAGAUGAUGUUGCUCCAUCGUGUUGCAAGAGUACUUUGUAA